AUAACACACACAGAUUUUGCUGACCUGGAAUCUGUCCAUGGGAAAGUGUCGCCCAUAUUUUUGUCUCAUCUCCCCUGCGAUCCCAUUACUCACAGGUUCCUCUUGCCCAAACACCCUCCCACCCAAAACACUCCUCAUUUCAUCUUGAUUCCCACAGCCCACACACAGCUCUACUGGAUUCAUUCCUCUGUUAACUCAGUUUUGAACUGCUUUCUCUGUAAAAGUCGUUUUUUUUGGUGGACAUUUGCCCGUUAUCAGGAGUGUUGGCCUGCCAUCAUGGCUCCGGCCGGCUCACAGACGGAUGUGAAAGGCUCUCUGAACGGGAGUAUGGAUUUGUAUCACCAGUGGUUCGGUCCGACGACCCCACGACCUCCUCUACGUAAUUACCUGGUCCUGACCAUCCUCACCUGCUUCUGUCCUGCUUACCCCGUCAACAUCCUAGCCCUGGUGUUCUCCGUCAUGUCCAGAAACAGUUAUGAUCAGGGAGAUUAUGAUGGUUCGAGGCGCUUAGGGAAGAUGGCGCUCUAUGUGUCGAUCGCCUCCAUCAUCAUCGGCAUCCUCAUCAUCACCAUCUUCUGCGCUGUGCAUUUCAGCACGAAAAACGUUUAAGAUGCCGGUUUUUC